GGGGUAAUCAGUUAUAACUGGAGGACUGUGGGCUGGCUGUAUCUCCUCACAACAUGUCAAGUGUCAGUAGUCGACUGGCCGGGUAUGUUGUAUUGGUCUGCUCGGUCGCUGUAGCAACUCUCCCGGCGCUGGCAAAAUCAACACAAUGUGACGCUCCUCUGGGUUUUGAGAAUGGCAACAUCACAGAUGAUCAAGUUUCUGCAUCAUCAUCUCUCAAUUCCACCUACGCAGCAAAGGCAGCAAGAUUUAACAUUGGAGAAGGAUGGGUAGCCCAACAAUCCAAUGGCAAAGAGUACCUGCAGGUUGACCUGCUGACUCAGCAUAACGUGACCAGCUACUCAGUCCAGGGCAGCAGGAAUGGGUGGUACCCAGAGGCAGUGCUACUGUUCUACAGCCAGGAUGGUCUUGACUGGGAGAGUUACGUCACCAGCAAUGGGACACAGAGUCUGCCAGGGACACCAAACGCCUGGGAUGUUGUCACAGUGGACUUAAAUCCAGCUGUACAGGCCAGGUACUUAGCCUUUGUACCUCAGCACAAUAACAGUAGCUAUACAGGUCUACGACUGGAGUUGUAUGGGUGUGAGGCACAACGACCAAUUCCCGUCAGACACGCCCCUGUCUCCCAGGACAUACAGGGGAGCAGUGAGUGGUUACCCAGCCAGAGUCCAUAUGUCAUCAACACUCUCAUCAGGAUUCGUCCAGGAGCAUUCGUCAAAAUACAACCCGGAGUCAAGGUUAUAUUCAAUUCUUCAGACGCAGGAUUCAUCGUUCUUGGUACAUUGGAGGCCCGAGGUCUCAGUGGAUUACCUGUGGUUUUCACAGCUUCAAAUGCCUUCACAAACCUGACAAACAUGUGGGCAGGCAUUGAAGUUGUCAGUCAAGGAAAUUUGUCUUUGGAAUUCAGCCACAUAUAUGGAGCGGAUUUCGGCAUCAAAGGAGCUCUUGGAUCCAUUACUAUAAGACACUGCAACAUCCACCACAACGGCAAAGGAAUAUACCUUGAGAUGGGGGAUACAGUCGAAGACAGAAUUCAAAUAUCAGGAACCAUCAUAUCAGACAACACCCAAGAGGGCAUAUACGGAAGAAACUUUUUAAGCACCCGACCCAAAAUACUGCUGAAGAAUAAUACAUUGGAGGGGAGCCAAACCACGAACUACAACCUGGUGUAUAUUCAAACAAGACGUUCUAUACAUGGAAGUAUUAUUAUGACCGAAAAUGCUUUUCAAACACGAAAAAGCAUUCGCAUACAAGGCAGACAUUUUGUCGCAUUUGAUAUUUCAAAUAACAUAUUUACUGGAAUCAAAGGAGACACCGGGAUAGUUAUAGAGGCAGAGGACACAAUUAUAUUUGGUAAUAUCUUCACCAACUGUUCCACGACGUCGGUGAUUCACACAAAUAGAAUCGGAGUACAGAUCCACAACAAUGUCUUCCAGAACCCACAGGCACUCUACGACCUGUUUGUUGAUAUGGAUUAUUCUGAGAACCAAAAACUGAAUGCAAUCCACAAUUUUUGGGGAAGCAGUGACCGGUUCUUUGUUCGGUCCAGAAUAUGUGACUUUUAUUGUGAUGUCACAAAAAUGAGGGUUGAAGUGGAUCCAUACUUUGUCUCAGAGAUGCUCAGUGAACUGUCAUCGCAGUUAGAUUCGGACAUUUUUGUUUUGAACAGUGAAAACGAGAUUGGAGGAAUGUUGAACAAGUCAGUCACUCUUCAACCCAACCAAGUACUGUAUGUGAACAGAAGUGUGUAUAUUCCAGAAGGGACUGAGCUGACAAUAAGCAAGAACACCACACUGGUGUUUCCAUACAAGCAAGGGGUUUUGGUUAGAGGAAUAUUAACAAUACAAGGCGAGGCAGAUGCCAACGUUGAACUAAGGAGUGAUGGUUCCCCCAGUAAUCAGCGAUGGGCUGGCAUCAUAUUCAAUGCUACAGGAUCUUCACUGCAACACACCAUAUUGAAACAUGCGGAGACAGGAAUACGUUUAUCCAUCAAUGAUUCUGGUGAAAUUAGAGCUUCUGAUUCCAUCAUUUCCCAGUGCACAACAAGCAUAGCUGGGCAGCUGUGGUCUGAAGUCUCCUUGUCCCUUGAAAGAGUGAAAGUAAAUGAAACCAGCAGGUUCAUUGUUCUGGACGUGCUUAGUUCACACCCAGUGUCAUUGAACAUCAAUGAGUCCGAAAUUGAAUGUUCCUCUGGAACACGUAUUCAAACGAAUCGUAAUGAAGUCAAUUUUCAUGUAAGAAUGAGCUCUACAAAACUGUACUCCAGGUCUACAGGAUUUUACAUGCGGUCAUGUAAUUCAUAUAUUACUAUAAACGCACAGGAUUCUGAUUUUAAGAGUGCAUAUAGUUCUGAUAGUUUUGACAUCGUUGGAGGAGUAUUAAACAUAACAUUCAGGGGAGUGUCAGUUAUUGGAAAUAGGGGAGCCACGAUUUUCAGAACAUGUACCGGAAGUGGUCAAUUUCUUGCAGCAGGAGCCAUAGAUAUUCAAGAUUCGAUCUUUGAUGUGCAGUCUGUAGUUCCACUGGACGUUGAAAGCGGACAGGAUGCAAGGCAUGAUGUCCUACUUAUAAAUAAUACAUUCCGCAUACAAAAUCAGAAUUAUGAAGGUGUUAAGGCGCUUAUCGGGAGGGACAGCCUUCCUUGGAGUAUGACCAUACAUGACAACAGGUUUGAAAAUUGUGGAUUAAAAAUUGAAGGUAGCGCUCUAAAUACAUCAAUAGAUGGUAACACGUUUCUGACUGAAAGGUCAGCUAUGGACAUUAAUGUUCAAACGCCAGAAGGUGGUAGCACAAGAAUUAGUCAAAAUCGUGUACAGGGUGGCGAUGUAAAGGUGAAAUCUGAAGGAGACAGGGAAAGGUUAUAUCUAACAAACAACACCUUCAACUUGAGUACUAUCAUCCUAAUGAGCCCCAAUGUAACUUUGAAUCAGAACACUUUCCUUGCUGGCCAGGACUAUGAUAUCAAAUUUGAAGGCAGUGGUUAUGCAGACAAAGAAAUUAACUCCACAUACAACUAUUGGGGUACCACUGAUGCCAAGGACAUAGCAUCGCGAGUGUAUGAUUCAUCAUAUGACCCUUCGCUUCCAACAAUCACGUUUGUACCUUUCUAUGGAUUCCCAAACUUAACCGAUCCCCGGUCUCCGCGCCCUGGUUUUAUUUCUGCUGAUGGUACACUUGGUGGAAACGUUGGAGGGACUGUUACCCUUACACCCGAGGAAAGCCCGUACACUGUGGCUGAAAACAUCGUGGUCGGAAAACUGGAGACACUUAUAAUUGAGGCGGGAGUGUCUUUGCGGUUUGAGAAGGGAUCUGGCAUCUUUGUAGAAGGUGCACUUAUUGUUCGCGGCAACAAGAGUCAUCCUGUGAAGGCCGAGCCAAUUACUCCUGGAGUGAAAUGGUCAGGAGUAAGAUUACUAGCCAAUCGUUACCGGCGGCCGUCUUCCAUUGCUAACACCACUGUUCGACUUGUCGGAGGGGUGAAAAAAUAUGAGGGCCGUCUUGAAGUCAACAUUAAUGGAACUUGGGGGACCGUCUGUGAUUAUGCUUUUGACAAAAAUGAUGCCGAAGUCGCUUGCCUAAUGCUUGGAUAUAACUACACCGUAGCAGAGGUUGUUCCUUCUCCAAAUGACUUUGGUGGAGGUUCAGGUCCAAUACACCUUGGCAACCUGAAAUGUACAGGCAAAGAGGAAACGCUGAUGGAAUGUGAAAGAUCCAUGUUUUACUGUAACCACAGAAUGGAUGUUGCAAUACGAUGUGGUCAGAAGCUACUGCCUACUCCUCAAGAUAUCGGGAACGAUGUGCAGCUUCGCCAUUUCCACAUUAAUGACACAGAUUCUGGACUUGAAAUCAAUGGAAAUGUUACACUCAUGGAGAAUGUUGUAUCAUCUUACUCAGGUGGACACGGUGUCACUUUCAAGCUUGGAAUGAAAGGAAUACCUCCUGUUAUCCACAUUGAUGGACUGGAGUCGGUAAACAACCAUUUGUCAGGAGUCAGAGUCGACUUGGACACAGAUGAUUUUAUAAGCAAGUCACAAAUCAGGAUAUCCAACUGUGAUGUCCAUUCAAAUACAGCAUAUGGCGUUUACAUCCAGCAAUAUGUGAACAUUUCUCUGACAUCGUGUCGCUUUUCUGGGAAUUCCUAUCAAACGAUCUUUUCCGAAAGUGACGCUGUAAUAAACAUUGAAGAUUCCAUUUUCUCAAACGGCACAAAUGGUGCGUUUUACAUGUAUUACAGAAGGAGUGCAGAAAGUCGUUUACAAAUUUCUGUUAAAGAUUCACAGUUCUAUGAUUGCGAUUUACAAAAUAACUAUCGCUGGAGCAGCAACAGACAUUUGUUUCUUUUCCCGUCGUCAAGUUUUCAAGACUUGGAUAUUGCACUCAUCAACAAUACAUUCCAUAGGAUAAAUGCGAAUAUCUUGUAUUGCCACACUAGUUACGAAUCCACCACUUCCAUGAAUAUUAUGGACAACACAUUCCAAAAUAUUACCGGUGGUAUUGUUUGGUUACAACAACCAAACUACAAGACAUUUCAGUUUCAGUUUGUAAAUAACGUUGUAGAGAACGCAUCAAUGUCAUCUUCUGAACCAUUAAUGAAAAUCUUUGAUCAGAAAACUAUAGGAGGUCCGCUUGACAUUGUCAAUAAUACAUUUUCUGCGAAUAUAGCUUCGCAUAUAAUUCUCCUCGGGGAUAUUAAAAAAUCUGAAACAAACAUGAGCAUAACAGGGAACAUAUUCAAGGAUAACAUAUGCUCUGAGACUGUAAAUACUUCUUCAAAUCAGCUCACACUGAGGAACAAUAUUUUUAGUAACCCAUCUGCCACGCGCGAGCUAAUAGCGCCAUCUUUUGCCAGAUGGUAUGACAUCGAUGCUCGUUGGAACUUCUGGGGAAAACAAGACAUGGAUUAUGUCACGCGCAGGAUAUGUGGAUUUGACAUUGACAUGGCGAAGUUAUUUGUGCAUUAUCUGCCGUACUACCUAUCUGAAGAUUUAACUGAUACUUCAAGGUCAUCUCAGACAACUUUCACAGGUGGUGAGAUCACUGGUGAGGUACAUCUUCUAACAUCUGAAUCACCAUAUGCUAUAAAGAGAUCAAUAUUUGUUAGGUCGGAGGGCAUAUUACGCAUUGACAGUGGUGUGGAACUACAGUUCGAACCAAAUACAGGAAUCUAUGUCGAUGGCGUACUUGUGGCCGGAGAAGGUGUAACUACAGAAAGAGUUCUACUGACCAGAGCAACAACGAUGUCAUGGUUUGGUGUUGUGCUUCCAUACAAGACAGAGGGGGUAUCUGAGACCGUCAGACUGACCAACGGAACAAAGCCGAAUGAAGGACGACUUGAAAUUUUCGUGAACGGGUCCUGGUCAACCAUGUGUAGUAUUAACAGGAAAGAGGCGCUUCUUCUCUGCAAGGAACUGGGCUACGGAUCAGAGGACUUUGAUGCGUACCUGCUUCGAGAUAGAAAUGGAACAGUUCUCCAGGAUCUCAACUGUGACGAUUUGGCCUCCUCUCUAUCUGACUGCCAGCCCAAACUCUCUUCCAGUAGAUACUGUGGCAAACGUGGAGGUAUUGGAAUCCGAUGCCACAACUUUGUUGCUCACACAGGAACACAUACAUACUCCUAUCUGGAAAGAGUGUCCAUCCAGGAUUCGAUAACUGGUCUUGUGGUAGAGACUCCCACAGUACGCUUGUCCAAUUGCCAUAUCAACAACACAGAGAAAGUAGGCCUCACGAUUCAGACUGACACCAUUGACCUUGACCUGAAUGGAUCAGUUGUCGAACAUGGGCAGUCAACAGGUAUAUUGACUAAAGUAACUAAACGUUUCCGUUUCUGGAAUGGCACAACACAACACAAUCAAGGAAGUGGAAUUGUUCUGUUUGUAACAGCGGCUCCCACAACGGUUGAAAAAAUGAACAUCAUUAAUAACAGUCUUCAUGGUUUGGAAACACAGCUGAAUAUACAGAUCUUCAACGGCGUGUUACACAUAAAGAGCAACAGAUUUGUGGAUCAUGGCUGGGGAGGUUCGGGUCUUCAACUGCAUGGCGAAGCACUGUCCAACACGAUGGUGUACGUGGAACAGAAUUCAUUUUGUAAUAAUGUUAAAUCCAUGGAUGUAAAAGUGGUGGGUAUUAAUUAUUUCAGUGAAAACAGGUGCGUCAUCAGGGGGAAUAUCUUCAGAUCAACUGGUCAAAUAUCAGUGCUUUCAGGACACCAAGUAUCUAUUUACAUUGAAGACAAUCUUUUCAAGAAUUCAUUUGGUGGGGACAAAUGUUUUCUGGAUGUGGAGGUGGAUGAUACAAGAGAUGGUGACAAAGUUCAAAAUAUUAGUUUGUCAACCAAUAGUUUCCAAAAUAUUACAGGUCGAUGUGUAGUUUAUGUAAAAUCAACAAAUUAUGGAUUUAAUGGGAUGCUCACUUAUAACCAGAUAUUCAGUUCCCCCACCGAUGAAGGGACAGUCUUGUUAGACUCGAAAAACGUUAGCCUUUAUUAUAACACGUUUGAUAACCCGAGAGCUGACUACGAACUAAAGAUCCUGUUGGCUGGAGAGGAGCAGAUUAAUGCUGAACACAACUGGUGGGGAAGUGCUGAUCCAGCCAUUGCCGGACAACGGAUUCUACACAAGGAUCUUGACCAGAGGCUUCUCAAGGUGGACUACCUUCCUAUCCUCACUGAUCAGAAUUUCGACUGUUCUGAGGUGCAGAACUGCAGUGAUAAUGGUAAAUGUGUUCGUCCAAAUGGGUGCAGAUGUGAAGAGGGUGGGGCUGGAGCGAAUUGUUCCGACUUCGACUGUUUUGGUGUUGACAACUGUAAUGGAAAUGGUUUGUGUAAGGGGCCGAACCAAUGCAAUUGUUCUCUGGGGUCAUCCUGUGCAAUUGCCACAUGCCAUGAAGUAAAUGACUGUGGUGGAAAUGAAAGAGGAUACUGUGCGUUGCCUGAGAGGUGCACAUGUUUUCCCCAGUUUUGCGGAGCUAACUGCUCCAAGUGUGCACCCUUACGAUGGGGAGACAGUUGCCUUCCUUGUCCUCAGUGCAACCAUGGAUCGUGCAACCUCACAAAUGGCAACUGUGAUUGCGUUGCUGACAACUGGUCAGGCGAUUUGUGUGACACGUGCAGUGAGACGUUUUAUGGCCCCAACUGUCUUCCAUACACAAAUGUCCUGAACAUCAUCCCAAGCUCUGGCCCUGACACUGGAGGAACAGACGUGCACAUCUGGGGACACAACUUCCCAGAGACAGACAACGACAUCUUCUACUGUAGAUUCGACUCCACAGUGGUCAAUGGCACGCGCAUGUCGAAGGAACACGUCAUGUGUAGGAAUCCUCAGCAUCAAGUAGGCAGUAUAACUGUGGAGAUUUCUCCUGAUGGGCUACAGUUUACUCGAAAUCAGACAUCAUUUACGUACUAUGAAGGUUGUCCACCUGGAGCAUGUGGGAAAACGGAAAGCCCUCCCCAUGGCCACUGCUUCUAUGGAGGAUGCAUAUGUACCCUGCCCUGGUCAGGACAGGACUGCAACGUCGAGCUGAAUGCACCAGUUAUAUCCGCCUUUAAAAGCAUGCAAGUUGCUGCUGAAGGAGAUCAAUAUCAUCUUCAACUGACACUCAUUGAGUAUCUUAAGGAGUUAUUUUCUCUUGGCCUUGAAAUACUGGAGUGA